AUGGCUCACGGUAGCCCCGUGCCUGAUCUAUACAAGUCCAUCAUUGAAGAUGUGAUUGAAGGUGUGCGGGAGCUCUUUGCAGAGGAGGGUGUAGAGGAGCAGGUUCUGAAAGACUUGAAGCAGCUUUGGGAAACGAAGGUGACACAGUCUAGAGCAACAGAAGGCUUCUUCAAACACAGCCACUGUUCUCCACGGUUCAGUCUGCAGCUGCCACACAGCUCUCACAGCCUUUUGCAGACUUCAGCAGCUUCUUAUGUCAUCCAAGCUGGCAGAGGUUUUCAGCAUUUCACAGCAGCAAAACUGGGGCCCCCACGAGUGGGUGUGACUCUUGCUCUCCCUUCGUGUGUUGCUUACCCUUUGCAGAUGCCAGCUGGAGUGAUGCUGCAGCCAGCACCAGGGCAGCUUUACAAGGUGAAUGUGCCUGUUGUGGUCACACAGGCCUCAGGAGAUGGAAGCAUUCUCCACUACCCUGUGCAGCAGAUGUUUCAUCCCCUUGGGCAAGCUUCAGUUCUGCAGGCCAGCCUUGCCAGUGUCACACAGCUGAAUGCAUCUGCUGCCCAUGCAGCUGGUGAAACACUGCAGCCCCAGGAGGCUGCUCUCCAACAGGCUGUGCUGUUUAAACCGAGCUAUGUGGAAAAACAACACCUGGAGAACUCUGCUACCUUGGUCCAGCAGCCUUCUGUGAGUCUGCAGGAAUAUGAAAUUAAUGCAGUGUUGAAUCAGUGCAGUGAAUCCACAGAAAAAUUCCAGCAUGACAACCUUCACACAGCUGUGUUUACUCCAGAAUGCUCUGAAGGACUUUUUAUUGAUGAAUCCUUGGCAAGCAGCUCAAGCAGUGUCCUGCUGGAUGUGGAGGGGCAGCUGGACAUGGAGCAUCCGGAGCUGCUGCAGCAGCAGGUGUCUGAUGAUAUCAUUGACCUGAUUAUUGCAGGGGAAAGUUUGGAUGAAAAUGCAUUUCUAAAGGAUCAGGGCAGCAUGGCUCCAUCUGACAAGGCGGAAUCCGAUUCGCCGCUGGAGAAAGAUCUCUGCAGUGACAUUGAAGGCAUAAGCCAGCUCGAUGGCACCGGGGAUGUUUCUUCUAAGGAACAAAUACCACAUACCAAAGAUAAAGAAGAGAAUGAAUUCAUUGGCUUUAUUGAUUCAGAGGAUCUAAGAGUUCUGGAUGAUGAGGAAGACUAUGAUGAAGAAUGUGACAGUUCUUCAGACAUAGAGUCCAGCGGCAGUGAUGGGGACAAUGAAGACCUCCAGAUAGACAUAGUUGAGGAGGACCCCUUAAACUCUGGUGAUGAUGUCAGUGAGCAGGACAUUGCAGACUUGUUUGACACUGACAAUGUGAUCGUUUGUCAGUAUGAAAAGAUACAUCGAACUAAGAACAAAUGGAAGUUCUACUUAAAAGACGGAGUGAUGUCCAUUGAGGGUAAAGACCAUGUUUUUGCAAAAGCCACUGGAGAUGCAGAGUGGUGA